CUACUUACUGUAGGUGUGGUGAAGAAGCCUGUGUGCCAUUGGUUGGUUCCUGAGUUUUGCUCAGUUGCACUGAAAUCUAAGGUGGUAAAGUCCUAGUUGGACUUUUCAGGUCUCACAAAUGUGUUGUUGGCAUUUGCUUUAACGCAGUCAGAACAUUAUGCCUUGUUUUUGUGUAUUAGGAGAUGUUUUUAUCCUUUCUGUCUGCAGGCACACCCAGACUGGCAGGAGAGGAUGUUUUGGUUCCUCUAUUAGGGGCUUACAGUGGAUGACUUUAAGAAACCUAACCCACGAUACAGGAUAUGAGGAGUAAGAGGUGUGGAGUUGGAGUUGGAAAGUGUGAAUGUCUGCACACCUGCCUAGUUGCCUGUAUCUCUGAGCAAGUGUCUCACUUUCAAAACUUUCAUCCUGCCUGUAAUCCUCACAGGCAGUGGUUCAACUUGUCUGUAAUACUGUGACAGUAAAGAGACGGGAGGGAACGUACAAGAGGCAGAGUGGAAAAAAUCCACCUAAGUGGACAAGAAGUGAGCCCAGGGAUGAACUGCCCCUGGCUGAUGCUCCAUGUUGUUAAAUGUAACUCUUUUAAAGCAUGAAAACAUUGACAUAUCGUAUACAAGCGCCACGCUCAGCUGAGGCAACAAGUCUGUGUCAGGGUCAAUAGUCAAUAUGAAAGGGGACACCAGCUCCUCCGGAGGUAACUGUAUCCAACCAGGCCCAGCUUUCCCUGCCAUGCUGGGUCUGAGUGUCAGCUUGGACACAUGGGACUGCAGCAGGCAGACAUGUCAGAGGAUGUUUUUAAGUAUAAGACAUGAAUAAAUGAAGACACUGUAGUGGCUGAAUGUUGAAAACAUGACAUGACACAAAGCUGUCAUGUUGAAGCUUCUCUCUCCCUGUGUCUCUUCUUCCCUUGAAAAAUCUUUUUUCAGAGACAUUCAAAUGUAUGAAAAUAGGUGUUUUUGUCCCUAUUAUAUUCUCUUUUCUCCUUCCCCUUUUGCCUCUGAUCUGCUCUCCCCUCAAUCUACUCCCUUCCACCUCCCUCCCUUUCACUUCUCCUCUCUUCCUGUUUCUCUCCUUCCCUCCUUCCUUCCCCUCCAAAUUGUAUAAAUAUCUGUGAGCUGCUGGAGAGGGCUCAGUGUUACAGACUGAGGACAGAAGCCACAUUGAUAAGAGCAGGAAGAAGAAAAGAUACCUCAGAGAAAAAAGGAAGGGAGGGAGAAAGAAACUAAGUCUUCACCAGGAUUUGGGAAUUAGUAAUUUUAAAACAGGAAUUUUGAGCUGAAAAACAAAGCAGAAGUAAACUCUGGUUUGUUUGUGUGGAGGCACUCUGCAGUAUGUUCCUCCUGCUUGUGUGUAUGUGUGGUCUUCUGCUGCAAGGUGAUGCCCAGAACCGAGCUGCUCUGUGGAGGGGAAACGAUCAAAGCGGCCGAUGCCAGUACACUUUCACUGUACCCAGCCCUGUCGAGUCUAGCUGCCCACAGACCGGUGGCCCGGAGAUGGAGGACCUGAAGGCCAGACUCAGCUUGCUGGAGGUACUGGUGUCCCGACUGACUGGAGGGUACUCUGGGGGUCCCCAGGUGGCUGGAGCCAGAAGUCAGUCUGACCUUCAGGAAGCACUGAAUCAGGCCAUGGGGGAGCGGAACCUGUUGCAGGGGGAAAAAGAACGCCUGGAGAGGGAGCUGGCGGGGCUUCAGCAUAGGAUGGAGGAGAUGAGGAGGGAGACGGAGAGGCUGAUGAACAGACCCUGUCCUCCGCAGACUGUGGUGCCACCCAGCCCACUUGGGCAGGAUAGUGGCCUGAUAAAACCUUCUGGAGAUUCCAGUCCAGUGUCUCGCCUGAUGACCAGGCCCAGCAGGCAGGGAGACAGCAGCAGUUUGAGAGAGACGGUGUGGCCGUAUGGAUCUCCAAGAGGCUUCCAGGAGGUGAAGGCCGAGGUGACAGAGGUACCUGCUCCUGACAUCUCCGAGGACAGCACAGGUUGUGGGGAACUGGUUUCAGUUGCUGAGCCGGUGACACAUAGGAAGGCUGACAACAUAGCCGGUAAAUAUGGUGUUUGGAUGCAGGACCCUGAGGCUGUCUCCCCUUAUGGACCUGAUAUGAUCUGGCGCAUUGACACCAUUGGCACCGAGGUCAGGCAGGUGUUUGGGUAUGAGGACAUGGAACAACUCUCCAAAGGCUUUCCAUCCAAGGUGCUAAUGUUGCCAGAGCUGGUGGAGAGCACUGGUGCUACUAUGUACCGGGGCUCUCUUUACUAUCAGAGACGUCGUAGCCGCACCCUGAUCCGCUAUGACCUUGCCUCUGAGACCAUCGCAGCCCGCCGUGACCUCCCUCAUGCCGGCUUCCAUGGCCAGUAUCCCUACUCCUGGGGAGGCUACACUGACAUCGACUUGGCUGUGGACGAGCUGGGGCUGUGGGCCAUUUACUCCACCAGUAAAGCAAAAGGAGCCAUCGUGAUCUCGCAGCUGGACCCGCACAAUCUGGAGGUGAAGAAAAGCUGGGAGACAAACAUCAGGAAGGCCUCGGUGGCCAACUCCUUCAUCAUCUGUGGCAAGUUGUACACUGUGUCCAGCUAUUCGUCACCCACUACCACCAUCAACUACAUGUACAACACUGCAACCGGCCAGGGGAAGGCCAUAGCCAUCCCCUUUAAGAACAAGUACCUCUACAACAGCAUGAUCGACUAUAACCUGGCACAGAGGAAGCUGUUUGCCUGGGACAACUACCACCUAGUGUCCUAUGACCUUAGGAUGAGUCGCAAGCAGGGUAACUAAGGCCAGCAUGAGUGGUUGCUGUAAAGUGACAUUUGCUCCCGGUCCUGCUUCAAAGACUCAGAGCUUUAGAGAAAAAUAAGUGUGGUAACAGUAGAUAAAAUGCCAACACCAUCAGUAUCCAAGUGCAGAAGAGCAUAACUAUCAAACUCCAAAGUAAAAUGAAGACAUUUGAGGAGCAGUGCCUCCUGCGGGUCUGCUUUGUUCCUCACUGGGAGUGCUUUUGCUGUGGCAAGGUCCACAGAUAUGUUUUUAGAAAAAUUAUUUUUGUACUGCCUUCAGUUCAGAUGUAUGUUCUUGUUUUAUGAAAAGCUAUAUAAAGUAUAUCUGAGGUCCGACAGAUGAAGCGGUCAUUAUCAGCUAAGUGGGAUAAUUCAUACAUUUUACAACACAACGUCCCGUGGUACUUCACACCAUGCAGUUUCACCAGUCAGCAUCUUUUGUUAAACUGCUCUGUCACUCAGCAUGUAUUGAAUAUUGCAUGUACUUUACACUGUAGUAAUGUUCAAUGUCAUUGUGA